AUGGGUACUUUGGUGGGACAUGUGGCACCAGGAUUUGUUCUUCUUGUUAUCGGUUUUUGGCACCUUCUCAACCACAUCAAACUUCAUGUUCAAAACCAUAAAACCUAUCAUUUUCUGCCAUGGUUUCCCUCCAUCAAGAUAAGGUAUUUGGAGCUUUACUUGAUCAUGAUAGCUUGUUCCAUGUCAAUAGCUAUGGAGCUAUUUAUUGGACCAGAUCGCCACCAGCCGUUUGACACAGACGGCACCAUUCCUUCCAACCAUCUACACAACUUUGAACACUCAUUUAUUUCCCUGACCUUUUUCGUCUAUGCUGCCUUUGCGAUACUACUAGACAAGUUUGUACCCAAUGCCCAAUACGAGUUGACUCAUUUGCUUAAAGGUAUUGCCUUUGGGCAACAACUCCUCCUCUUCCACCUCCACUCAGCAGACCACAUGGGUAUUGAAGGACAAUAUCAUAAGCUUCUACAAAUACUAAUUCUUAUCUCUUUUAUCACUACCCUUAUGGGCAUUGGCUACUAG